AUGCCAAAAACUGUUUCUUUUCAAUCUCACUCACGUGGACGACGGGAGACGAGGGUUCAUAUAUUCCUUUCUUUCUAUCUCAGCGUUUUUUAUCUAUCUAUCUAUCUAUCUAUCUAUCUAUCUAUCUAUCUAUCUAUCUCAGUCUAUUCAUAUCUAUCUAUCUAUCUAUCUAUCUAUCUAUCUAUCUAUCUAUCUCAGUUUAUUCAUAGUGCUCUCUCCCAGUCUAUUCAUAUCUAUCUAUCUAUCUAUCUAUCUAUCUAUCUAUCUAUCUAUCUCAGUCUCUAUCUAUUUUAUCUAUCUAUCUAUCUAUCUAUCUAUCUAUCUAUCUAUCUAUCUAUCUAUCUAUCUAAGUCUAUUCAUAUCUAUCUAUCUAUCUAUCUAUCUAUCUAUCUAUCUAUCUAUCUAUCUAUCUAUCUAUCUCAGUCUAUUCAUAUCUCCCUCAGUCUAUUCAUAUCUAUCUAUCUAUCUAUCUAUCUAUCUAUCUAUCUAUCUAUCUAUCUAUCUAUCUAUUUCAGUCUAUUCAUAUCUCUCUCAGUCUAUUCAUAUCUAUCUAUCUAUCUAUCUAUCUAUCUAUCUAUCUAUCUAUCUAUCUAUCUAUCUGUCUAUCUAUCUAUGUCUAUUUUUAUUAUUCUUUUUCUAUCUAUCCCAGCUUGCUCAUACAUAUCGCAGAUUCAUCUUUUUUUCUUUUUUUCUUGCUCACUGGCUUUCUUUCUUUCUUUCUUUCUUUCUUUCUUUCUUUCUUUCUUUCUUUCUUUCUUUCAUAAUCCUGUCAGUUUAUAUUCUUUCUUUCUUGCUCAAUGCCUUUCACUCUUUCUUUCUUUCUUUCUUUCUUUUUUCUUUCUUUCUUUCUUUCUUUCUUUCUUUCAUAAUCCGUAUCAGUUUCUUUUCUUUCUUUCUUGCUCAAUGUCUUUCUUUCUUUCUUUCUUUCUUUCUUUCUUUCUUUCUUUCAUAAUCGGCAUCACUUUCUCUUCUUUCUUUGUUAAUUUUCAUACUCUUUUUUAUCUUCUUUCUUUCUUGCUCAAUGUCAAUUUCUUUCUUUCUUUCUUUCUUUCUUUCUUUCUUUCUUUCUUUCUUUCUUUCCUAAUCCUUAUCAGUUUCUCUUCUUUCUUUCUUGCUCAAUGGCUUUCUUUCUUUCAUAGUCUUUCUUUCUUUCAUACUCUUUCUUUCUUUCUUUCUUUUCUUUCUUUCUUAAUACGUAUCAGUUCAUCUUCUUUCUUUCUUGCUCAAUAUCUUUCUUUCUUUCUUUCUUUCUUUCUUAAUACGUAUCAGUUCAUCUUCUUUCUUGCUCAAUAUCUUUCUUCCUUUCUUUCUUUCUUUCUUUCUUUCCUAAUCCUUAUCAGUUUAUCUUCUUUCUUUCUUGCUUAA